GGCUUUGACACGAAGCUGCGAACGGCCCCGCGUGUCCGGCCGGGAGCGGAGCCGCCGUGUGAAUGGCACCCGAAACUCCCAUUGUCCGUCCCCCCGGGGGGUGCCGCGCCCGGGCGCUUUAAGAGCCGGGGGCUGCCGGCCGCCCCCCAGCCCUGCUCCUGGACUCGACUCGCUCCUCUCCUGAGCGCCGCCCGCUCCUGCGAUGGGCUCGAGCUUCCCCGCCCCGCUGCUGCUCACCCUGGCGCUGCUCUGGCAGCUGGGACUCUCCGCGGCGAUCCAGUGGCUAGGGUUGAUGGUGAAUGGCAGCAGGGUAGCCUGGAACGAGACCCAGCACUGUAAGAUAUUGGAUGGGCUAGUCCCAGACCAAUUGCAGCUGUGCCGAAGAAACCUGGAGCUCAUGCACAGCAUUGUACAUGCAGCCAAAGAGACCAAGGGAGUCUGCCAGAAAACGUUCUCGGAUAUGAGGUGGAACUGCUCUUCCAUUGAGUAUGCACCCAGUUUCACCCCUGACCUCAUGAAAGGGACCAGGGAAUCUGCGUUUGUCUAUGCAUUGGCUGCUGCUGCUGUCAGUCAUUCCAUCGCCCGGGCCUGUGCCUCAGGGGAACUACCUAUCUGUUCCUGUGGAUCUGUCCCAUCUGAGGUGCCUGGACCUGGCUUCAGGUGGGGUGGCUGUGGGGACAACCUCCGCUAUGGCCUCCAGAUGGGUUCUGCCUUUGCUGAUGGUCCCAUGAAGUCCAGCAAGGCAGGAGGACAAGCCACCAGGCUUAUGAAUCUACAUAACAAUGCAGUGGGCCGACAGGUAUUGAUUGACUCCUUGGAGACCAAGUGUAAAUGCCAUGGUGUUUCUGGCUCCUGCUCAGUUAAGACCUGUUGGAAGGGGCUGCAAGGUUUGAGUGAAAUAGCCGCUGACCUCAAAUCCAAGUACCUGGCAGCCACCAAGGUGAUCCACCGGCACAUGGGGACCAGAAAGCAGCUGGUGCCCAAAGAACUGGACAUCAGGCCAGUGAGAGAGGCUGAGCUGGUUUAUCUAGUCAGUUCUCCAGACUACUGCACAAAGAAUCCCAAACUGGGGUCUCUGGGGACUCAGGACAGGCAAUGCAACAAGACCUCUGUGGGCAGUGACAGCUGUAACCUGAUGUGCUGCGGGCGUGGCUACAAUGCUUACACUGAGAGUGUGGUGGAGAGGUGCCAGUGCAAGUACUAUUGGUGCUGCUAUGUGAUGUGCAAGAAGUGCCAGCGGACAGUGGAGAGAUACGUGUGCAAGUAAUGCAGGAGGCCUUGGAGCAGCCCAUGCACUGAGAAAGCACUAAAUAACCUAUGCUCCGAGACACUCCAGAGCAUGUCUGGAUAUUUAAUUAAUCACAGGGGAAGUUGUAAGCUUUGGCUAGAAAGGGGGGCAUAGUGGAAAUCCUCAUAUUGGCAUUACCCAGGAAAACACACAUUUUUGGGGAAAAGGCCAGGCUUGAUGUCUUUAGCCUCACCCCUUCCAGAGCAAGACAAACAGCUGCCUCCUGGGGCUGAUCUGGUUUGUUCCAAUUCUCAACCUCCAGCUGGGGACAAAUAAUUUAUUACCCUGAAUGCAUGGAUCUCUUUUUCCCCUGAGUUGCCAGCAGCCGUGUCUCUUUGUGGGAAGCUUUUGAAGGGGGCCUGAAAGCCAGGAGUGAUGGAUGGAAAUGGGUGUGGGGAGAGACCAGAGUGAACGCAGGGGAAGAAAGAAGUGCUGCUCCUGAAUAAACAUGCUGAGGAAAUCGUGGGCAUACACUUUUGGGGUGGCCACCAGAUGCUCCAAUUUCAAGACAGGUACAUGUUCAUUGUCUUCUGCAGCAUCACACUUUCUCUCUAACAUUAGGAUCAGGCUUGGGUGUAGGCUCGUCUCUGACCAAUUAAUUGCUCCUGGAGAAAGAUCUCUGCCACCCUCUCCACUAUCAGUGAGAUCCAUUCCUCUGUUCUUUCAUACCAAUGAAAGAAAGAGAGAGAGAGACAUUCUAAUAUCAUGGU